GUUACGCAGGACGUGCGGCGCUUCUCAGAGGAAGGAAGAUGGCGGAUAACAAAGGCGAGGAGGAUAUGGAACCGUCCACUAAUUCGGACUCGGUCCCCCCAGCACAAGAUAACGAGCAGCCAGAGACGAAAGGCGAGAAUGCAGUGAUAGUUAUAGAAGCAAAUAUAAAGGAAGAUGGAGAAACCGAGUCCCGCGAAAACACCAUGGAGGCACCUACAGGCACCAGUGAAGGCGGGGACGGUAGCAGCGGCGGAGCUUCUGGUGCGGUAGGGGAAGCCGAUGGUAGCGCUAGCAACGCCGUUAGCCCGCCAGCGACCAACACCACCAAUGCUGAGCCUGCUGCAGCCGAGUCCCUCGCAGCCACGGAUGCUCCUGGUGGCGGACUCACUACCGAAAUGUCCCCCCCUCCCACGGCUCCGGCGCCCACACCGGUAUCCACACCAAUUAAUUUACUGGAUACGUGCGCCGUGUGUAAACAAAGUCUACAGAGCCGAGACUGUGAACCAAAACUUCUGCCCUGUCUGCACUCCUUUUGCCUGAAAUGUAUCCCGCAACCAGAGCGACAGAUAAGCGUACAGGUGCCUGGACCACACGGGCAGACUGACACGCACAUAGUAAAUGUUAUGCGGUGUUCAGUUUGCUACCAGGACUACAAACAAAGUGACAUUAUUGACAACUACUUUGUCAAAGAUACCUCAGAGGCCACCAACACAUCUGAUGAAAAAGCUGCACAGGUCUGCACAAGUUGUGAGGACAAUGCAGGGACCAUAGGCUUUUGUGUGGAGUGCGGCGAGUGGCUGUGUAAGACCUGUGUGGAGGCCCACCAGAGGGUCAAAAUCACCAAGGACCACAAAAUUCGUACAAAGGAGGAUGCUGAUGCUGUCUCUGAGUCUGUCGGUACAUCAGGACAGAGGCCUGUUUUCUGUCCCAAUCACAAACAGGAGCCACUGAAACUUUUCUGUGAGACUUGUGACACUUUGACUUGUAGGGACUGCCAACUGCUGGAGCACAAGGAACACAGGUAUCAGUUUCUCGAAGAGGCUUUCCAGAAUCACAAAGGCAUCAUUGAGACCACGAUGGCCAAACUGCAAGAAAAGAAGAACUACGUCCAUUACUCUGUGUCCCAGGUGCAAAGCAGGUUAAAAGAGCUGAAUGAGACCCAUAAGAAGGUGGAGCAUGAAAUCAAAAUUGCAGUAUUUACUCUUAUAAAUGAAAUUAACAAGAAGGGGAAGUCUUUGCUGCAGCAGUUGGAGACUGUGACCAAAGAGCGCAGUAUGAGGCUUGUGGCUCAGCAUAAGGACAUCACUCACCUGGCCCAACAAAUCCACCAUGUGCUCAACUUCUGCCACUGGGCCAUCGCUACUGGCAGCAGCACAGCACUGCUCUACAGCAAGAAGUUGAUCCUGUUCCAGCUUCGCCAGCUAUUCAAGGCUCGUCUGGAGCCAGCACCCCAGGCCAAUGGAGUUGUGCGCUUCUUCUGUGACCCCACCUUCUGGGCCAAAAAUGUAGUAAAUCUAGGUAAUUUGGUAAUUGAAAAACCCCCUCCACCUGCUCAACCACCCAGUAUGAUGGUUGGAGGCCCACCUAUUUCACCUGGACAAGGCCACCCAGGUCACAUGGGCAAACACCCAGGACAGAUCAAUCUGGCCCAGCUUCGGUUGCAACACAUGCAGCAGGCAGCCUAUGCACAGCAGAAGCAGCAACACCAACACCAACAGCAGCACCAACAGCAAAUCCAGCAACAGAUGCGCAUCGCCUCCCAAAUGUCUCAGCAGCAUGCCAGGCAGGGUGGUCCAUCCUUGGUUCAACAGCAGCCUCCUAGACUUAUCAGUAUGCAGCAGCUGCCAAGAGGGCCUGGAGGUAUGAACGGUGGGCCUGGUCCCUCCAUGUACCCUGCGUCCCACCAUAUGCGUCUACCUGGUCCAUCACAGGGCCGAAUGCCAUCGGCUCAGCCGAGACAUAAUGGACAGCAGUAUUCCCCCAUGAUGCAAUCUCAGCUACAGAGACAGAUGUCUAUAGAAUCUGAGAUGAGCCACCAAAGGUUUCGUUUCUUACUACAAUCAGGGCAUUCCAACCCCGGGCAUGCGGGCCCUUUCCCGGUGGCAUCCCUGCAUAACGCUAACCCCACAAGUCCCACCAGUGCCAGUAUGGCUGGGGCCCAUACUCACCGCGGCCCUGCCAGCCCAAUCAUAGGUCCCAUCGAGCUCAUUCCCUCCGUCACCAAUCCUGAGAAUCUGCCAUGCCUACCUGAGAUCCCGCCCAUUCAGUUGGAGGACGCAGGUUCGAGCAACCUUGGACACCUUCUUUCUCGUUAUAUUACAGCAAGCACACAGCAACAGCUUGGCUCAGUGGACAUGAACCCUUCACCCGGACUGUCCACACACUCUCCUGGAUCUUCAGGUCUGUCCAAUGCCCACACACCUGCACGACCAUCUAGCACAUCCAGCACAGGCAGCAGAGGCAGCUGUAGCUCUGCUGGGAGAGCGGGGCCAGGAGGUGGCGCCGCAGUGGAACAGGUGAAGGUGAAGCAGGAGCCUGGUACAGAGGACAGCUACAGUUGUCCAGCAUCCUCUCUAAAGACAGAGUGGGGCAAAGAUGCUGGGAGGAGUGCCUGCAUGAUGAGCAGCCCAGAAGACAGCCCCCUUCCUGUACUGGGAGUUGGAUCUGCAACACAAGACACAGUCAAGGUUUCUGGAGAGCGCAUCAAAACAGAACCCCAGUCAGAGACAGCCUGUUCUGGACUAAAUGGAUCCAUGUCAACUUCUUCCACUAACACCAUGACCUCCACUACCUCAUCAUCCACCGAGAACAGCACCAUCACAACAGGCACUCAACUCACUAAUGGAAACUUGGGCCAAUGUACAGAGACUACAGGGAGUGGGGCAUCUGCUGCAGCAGGGACUCAGGGUGGGAAAGAGGAUGACCCCAACGAAGACUGGUGCGCUGUUUGUAUUAAUGGUGGUGACCUGCUAUGCUGUGAUCGGUGUCCAAAAGUGUUCCACAUGAAAUGUCAUGUACCCACCAUAAAAAUCUUCCCAAAGGGUGAUUUUCUCUGCACGUUUUGUCGAAGUCUAACCAACCCUGAAAUACAGUACUGUGAUGACACCAGGAAAAUCAAAGGGGAGCAGAGUCUAAGUCCCGAAGACCAAAGGAAAUGUGAACGCCUCCUGCUGUGCAUCUUCUGUCACGAGCUCAGCAUGGGCUUUAGGGACCCUGUCCCAAGCUCUGUGCCCAACUACUACAAGAUUAUCAAACAGCCCAUGGACCUGAAAAAGGUGAAGAAGAAGCUGCAGUUACGGAGCUCCCAGUACUACCCGUCUGUCCAGGAUUUCGUGUCCGAUAUGCGUCUUGUCUUCAGAAACUGUGCAAAGUACAAUGAGAUGUCUCGAAUAAUCCAGGUUUAUGAUGAGGAGAAACAGAUUAAUAACCAGGUGGGGUCAGAGAUGGCGAUAUCCGGCAAGGCAGUGAGCCUAUACUUUGAGGAGAAGUUGCAGGAGAUGUUUCCAGGACAAAGCUUCCCUGAAACACCUGAACCCGAGUCCCUGGAUGAAAACCCAAAAGAGGAAAAUGACACGGACGACUCUGAGGAGGACUUCAUACAGCCAAGGCGGAAGAGGUUGAAAACGGAUGAGAAAACAGUCCACAUCAAGUGAGAAUACUCAAAAAUAAAGUAGUGGGAAAAACUGUCUUCCUCACAUCCCACACUUUUUUCUUUUUUUGUGAUGCAAACAAGAAGGAUGAGAUUUUCUGUAAGAACUGCUUGGAUUAUUUCAUCCUUGCCUCUGAAAUUGCUGUCAACCACACAAGAUGUCUGCUUUUCUGAGAAUUCAAGGACAGAGAGAAGAAUGAAAUUCCCUUCUUACUUGAUGGACAUUCGUGGACGUGUACAGAUUUUGAAGUUGGACUUGUUUUGCCGUAGCUAGCAACUCAUCAUUUCUUUUCUAUCAUUCAUUUUCAUUUGUAGAUUGGUUGUGACAGUUGCUUUCUUAAACAAUAUAUCCUCGGUUCUGUUUACUGUAUUAUAUUUGUUUUUUUGACAUGAAGCCUAUGGAGUAUUUGUAUGACUUUGUGGAAACAAUAUGUAAAUAAGAAGAGAAUCUAGCCCAAUGAAGGUAUUCCUACAGUAUAGAUGUGCGUCAUCAAUAAAACAUGCUGUUGAAAUAUA